AUGGAGGCUCUAAACCAAGAAACAUCAACACAAACCCAUAAUUCACUACAACAGAGCCUUUUGGCUCUAAGACUUGAAUCACCAGCAGAGGAAAAGUUUCUUAAUAGUUGUGAUAGCUUAAAUUCAAGCAGUAACAUGGCUUACAACGUUUCAUCACCAUCAUCUUCAACUCUCAUUGGUGAGUAUAUUGGUAUAGAGAGUUGUCUUGAUCUCAAGAACAAUGAAGAUGCUCUCACAUCAUCAUCAAAGAAAGAAGAGACUAAUUACGAGAGUUUUAGUCAACGUCGUCAUCGUGAGAAGAGAGAUCAACGGAAGGCUAAGAAAAAGGAGUUUCCACCACCAAUACCGUUGUUGGCUCGUACGGCCAAUUUGCCUUCUCAUAUGCCUUGGGUUUUAAAGAGGUACUAUACAAGUGAUGGAAGAUUGAUACUUAGAGAAGAGAAGGUCAGGCAUCAUGAGUACUUCCGGGCUCACAGAUCCAAUGGACGACUCACCUUGCAUCUUGUUCCUUUAGAUGAUGAAGUUUCGGCCCCUCCUUUUGUUGGUCAGGAGAGACGCCAUCACAUUGAGAAUGAUCUUGAGCGCUAUGAUAGUGAAGAAGUAGAAGAAGAAGAACAAGUGUUCGAGCAAGAACAUGAACAAGAACAGGAAGAAAUUGAAAGCCUGGUAGAAGAAAGUAUAGAUGUGGAAGUAAAUGAUGAUGAAGGUGUAGGAAAUGAUUACUGUGUUAAUAAUGAGGAUAGUGAUCAUGACAAUAUAGUGGAGGUGGAGGAGAAGGAGGAGGUUGUGCAUGAUGAUCAAAGAGUUCCGUCUAUGGAUAGUUCUGGGAGUGCGGGCAAAUGCCUGAACUACAACAGUGUGAGAACAAGCUCCGCUUGUAUAUUUGGGGUGCCUGUACCGGCUAUAAGACCAGUUCAUAGUUAA